CAACAACAACAUGUCCACGACCAUCUAUCCCGUCAACGGCUUCGACCCAGCGCACCUCAAGGGUGCUACGGUGGUUAUUCCCGCCCUGUCCCUCGGCAACGUCCCGCAGCUCGCGGCCGACCUGCUCGUCACCUCGCUCUCUCUCCGCCGCGUCGCCUUCGUAGGGCUGGGCGACACGGUCGCUCCCUUCGCGGGGCGGGGCGAAGACGGGAUCGCCACGGGCGGCCUCGAAUUACACGGCACGCCGACCGGCGACUUGUUCGUGCUCCUGCAGCGCGCCCCGACGCUCAAAGCGAGGAAAGACGAGCACGUGUUCCUCAUCUCCACGCUCGUCGCGGACGCGGGCGUCUCUCUCGUCCUUGCAUCUCUCGACGCCGCGCACCAAGACGACGCGCAGUUGCUCACGCCGCACCAGUGCAUCCUGCCCCCGCACCAUCUCCCGCAGCCGGUGCUGGACCGCUUGGCGGCCCUCCCACCCCUCCGGAUCACGCUCGACCAGCCCGUGUCGGGAUAUCCCCCGUUCCUGCCGGGCGCGGGGUUGACGCGCCGCAUCCUCGCCGCGUUGGCGGACAAGCCGAGCGGCGCGAUCGCCGCAUGGGUCGUGGAGGGAGAUAACCGGGGCGACGCGCAUGCGCUCGCGCGCGCCGUGCUGCGCCUGCUCGACAUCGAGGCCGAACUGCGCGAGCCGGCGAGCUGGGCGGGCCUCUUCGGCCCCGAAGAGUGGAGCGGGGGCACGGGGCUCAACGCCGAGAUCUACGGCUAGUGGCAAACCAAGACAUCCGAUACAGUGUAGGACUACAUUAUAGCUAUUCGGCGGUGCCGCCGACCUUCAUGAAGGCUUUGAGGGC